AUGACUAAACCAGUCGAGAUUACCCCAUUGAAAAACACCAAGGUCUUUGAGCCUAUCAAGGUUGGAAAAAACGAGUUGCUGACCAGAAUCAUCUUCACUCCUUCCACCAGAUACAGAGCUCUUGACGACCACACCCCCUCUGAUCUUCAGCUUGUGUACUACGACGACAGAUCCAAGUACCCAGGAACUUUGAUCACCACUGAAGGUGUUCUUGCAACUGAAAAGACAGGCAGCUUGCCUAGAGCUCCAGGAAUUUUCAACGAGAAGCACAUCAAGGAGUGGAAGAAGAUCACCGACAAGAUCCACGAAAACAAGUCGUUCGUGACCAUCCAACUCUGGGCUUUAGGCCGUGUGGCUGAUCCUGCUCAGAACAAGAAAGAGGGUCAGAAAUUGAAGGGUGUUUCUGCUGUUUAUCCCGACGAAGACGUUGAAAAGGCUGCUAAGGAGGCCGAAAACGAGUUGGAGGCUUACACUACCGAGGAGCUUGAUCAAUUGGUUGAGGAGAUUGCAGAAUCUGCCAAACGUUCUGUGGAAGCUGGGUUUGACUAUGUUGAGCUCCAUGGAGCCACUGGCUACCUUUUCCACCAGUUCUUUGAAGUAUCUUCAAACAAGAGAACCGACAAGUACGGUGGAUCCAUUGAAAACAGAUCCCGCUUCAACUUGGCUGUCAUUGACCGUAUCACCGAGGAGAUUGGUUCCGACAGACUUGCUAUUAGACUUUCUCCUUGGCUUAGAUACAAUGGUAUGAAGUCUAAUGACGAUGAAAUCCACCCCGUGGCCACCUACGGCUACUUCUUGAGUGAGUUGCAGAAAAGAGCUGAUGCUGGGAAACCAUUGGCCUACAUUUCCGUCAUUGAGCCUAGAGUUCCUGAAAUGCUGGCUGGUGAAGACUCCUUUGCAAGCAACGAGUUCAUCAAAACCGUCUGGAGAGGCAACCUUCUUAGAAGCGGUAACUACACCUACGAUGUUCCUGACUUCAAGGAUCUCUUGCACGAUCUUGAGGACGAUCGUACCUUGGGUGGAUUUUCCAGAUACUUCAUUGCCAAUCCUGAUUUGAUUUUCAGAUUGCGUGACGGAAAGGCCUUGACCAAGUAUGACAGAGACACCUUCUACACUAAUCAGAACUGGGGGUACAAUACGUACCUCAAGGCUGAUGAAAAGAAGGAUAUUGAUGAGGAGGCUGAAAGGGCCCACGAAGCCGCUCCUAUUUCCGAGUAG